CAACGACAUCAUACACCGUAUCAUUGGGUAGACACGCGUCAGGGAGGCAGCUCAACCUCCCUGUCCCGAACCAUCAUCAUCCUUGCCAAUGCCGCCUCAAGUGGAUCUCAUCGUCACAUUCAGGGCGUCACAGAAAAUCGCCCUGUCGAAGCAGCAAAUACGCGACAACGCCCAGAAAGCAGAGCAACAGUAUGCCCGCCUCCUUGAGACAUUGAGGUACGGUGGUCUUCGAGCAGUAUCCAGGAGGGGAGAGGCCCUCGGGCACUUGCUUAUCUUUGUAUACUGUCCUGAUGGCUUGGUCAAGAACCUAGUCAAGAGAGAGCGCCAUUCGGAUUUUCUCUCUGGCCUUCCGACGACACCUAUCAAAUCUGGCACCCAGUUACCGCCGCUGAGCAUUUCGGACCGCCUUCGUCUGGUGCAUUCAUACAUAACGUCGAUGCCUAUUGACGGCGGUUUGGGAAUCACACCAGGAACCUCACAAUGGGAUCUCGUAGAGUCUGUUAUGUGCUUGCAUGACCAAACCUUCAACGACCAAUGGAAGCAUACGUGGAAGAGCCGAAAGAUUGCUUCGGUCUCAGACGAUAGAAUACGGGAUCAAUUUGGCGAUUCUGUGGCUCUCUACUUCUCUUUCCUCCACUCGUACACUCGCGCCCUUAUAAUUCCGGCUAUCCUUGGUGUUGCCUUCUAUUUCUUUGGCUCGCCUUAUUCGCCUAUGUACUCCACCUUACUCCUCCUUUGGUCAGUUACGUUCGUCGAAUGGUGGCGUGUCCAGGAGCGCAUUGUCUCCCUCCGCUUCGGAACACGAGGUUCCUUCCGUGUGGAAAAACGGCGUGCCCAGUACAAUCCCAAUUUUUCGUGGUGGAAGCGAGAACUUCGAAUGCUUGCAAGCCUUCCGGUGGUCUUACUAUUUGCUGGUGUUCUUGUUGUCCUCUUGACAGCGAUAUUCGUGUUUGAAGCUUUUGUCACGCAGUUGUAUACAGGCCCAGGACACAAGUACAUUAGUCUCAGCCCUACCAUCUUAUUUGCGAUUUUAGUCCCACGUUUACUGGACGUCUAUCAAGUGAUAGCCUCAAAGUUCACAGACUGGGAAAACCAUGCACAUCAUUCUUCAUAUAUCUCUUCACUCAGUCUAAAAACCUUUGUCCUGACUGCCCUUGUUGCAUACCUCGGUCUCGCCUUGAGCGCCUUCGUCUACGUGCCGUUUGGUGAAGGCGUUAUGCGUGUUGUACAGUCGUCGAUCUUCUACACUCACGGUACUCCCGCGGAUUCACCCGACAAACCGACCGCAGGCAUUUGGGAGGUCGAUGCUACCACAGCUGGUCGCAAACUCAACCCAGGACGCCUCCGCGAUCAAAUGUUCGCGUUUACAGUGACUAACCAGGUUGUAAACACGUUCAUGGAAAUUGGGUUGCCAUUUGUUCUCCGGGCUGUUGAAAAAUACAGAAACGGGAAAAAAACCAAUUCGGGAACGUCAUCUCCAAAGGGCAAAAAGAAAGUGGUGUUCGAAGAUGAGAAGGAAAAGGGAGGUGAGGAAGAAAGAGAAUUCUUGGAAAGGGUCCGCAGCGAAGUCGCUUUACCCGAAUAUGACAUCUUCGGAGAUUACAAUGAAAUGGUGAUUCAGUUUGGCUACGUUGCGUUAUGGUCGACGAUAUGGCCUUUGGCCCCUUUGAUGGCACUGGUCAACAACUUUUUCGAGCUUCGAUCGGAUGCUUUCAAAAUCAUUACUCACGUCCGCAGACCCAUUCCCUCGAGGGUUGACACGAUCGGACCCUGGCUUGACGCGCUCACUUUCCUCGCCUGGCUAGCGUCAUUGACCAAUGCAUCGCUGGUGUAUCUGUUCUGCCCCAGAUCACAGGUCUAUUGUAAUACGACGACGUCCUCGUCAAUCGAAAAGGUCAGCCAAGAGCUCUUCUCUGCUGGUGUUGCUGGGAUCGAAGGGCAGGCCGCGACGAUGGAUCUACUGAAAACUGCAUUGUUGGUUGCUUUUGCUGCUUCCCAUGGAUAUAUACUCCUGCGUGUCGUCGUUCGACAUGUGGUUGAGAGAAUAGUCUGGAAGGCCAGUGAGGAAGUGAAAGAGAGGGAGAGGGAAGAAAGGGAAAUCAAGGAGUCGUUUUUACGGGGUACUGCCGAAAAGGGUGAAGACGAUUUGGGAGAGGUGAAGAGUGGUGAUGCUGAUGUUGACGAGGUGUUCUGGAAUCAUGAUGAAGGACUGCAGGAGAUUCAGAGAAUAUCGAAAGAGGCAUGAACAGGAAUGUACAUGUAGGUUUUUGUCUUGGCACACAUAUAUACGACGCCGCUUAUCGCUUCUAUGGACUUCAAUGAUAUGUAAGGAACACAAGGAGACUUUCAAAUAGCAGGACAGUAACGCCCGUCGUCCUCGAAUCAUAUAGUACAUGAACAACACAACCACAUCGUGUAAGAUCCUUUGUAUCC